GCGGGGAGAAGGCGGUGGCUGGCGCCGUGUCCGCGUCACUCGGGCUCGUGCCAGCUGACAGCAAACGCUACUCCCUGUAUCUCCGGCGCGGCACGCCCCACCCUGCGCAUUAAACUUCAUGCCGCGGAUGCUAAAGAAACUCACAGACACACCGCAGGGACAACACUAACUCGAGUGAGGAGAAUGUCGGGUAUCGCCUCCAAGAUCCAGCACCAGCGGGCUCUUGCAGCCGGGGUGGGCAGCAACUAUAAUGCAGUCAAGUACCUGGGCCAGGACUUCGAGGCGCUCCGGCAGCAGUGCCUGCAGUCCGGCAAGCUCUUCUGCGACGACACCUUCCCUGCCCAUCCGACCGUGCUGGGCUUCAGAGAGCUGGCGCCGAACUCGUCUAAAACGCGGGGUGUCACCUGGAAACGACCCACGGAGCUCACAUCCAGUCCUCAGUUUAUUGUUGGAGGGGCCACCAGGACAGAUAUCUGCCAAGGAGCUCUCGGUGACUGUUGGCUCUUAGCUGCCAUUGCAUCUUUGACGUUAAAUGAAGAAAUUUUGGCUCGAGUUGUCCCACAUGGACAAAGUUUCCAGGAUAACUAUGCUGGAAUCUUUCAUUUCCAGUUCUGGCAAUUUGGAGAAUGGGUUGAGGUAGUUAUUGAUGACAGACUACCUGUGAAGGAUGGAGAGCUGGUGUUCGUCCACUCGGCUCAAGGAAAUGAGUUCUGGAGUGCCCUGUUGGAGAAGGCAUAUGCUAAGUUGAAUGGCUGUUAUGAAGCUCUGUCUGGUGGAACUACCACAGAAGGCUUUGAAGAUUUUACUGGAGGAAUUGCAGAAGUUUAUGAAUUGCGUCGGCCUCAUCCCCAGCUAUUUAAAAUAAUUAGUAAAGCUUUGCAAACAGGAUCACUUCUUGGUUGCUCUAUAGAUAUCACAAGUUCAGCCGAAACAGAGGCAGUAACUUCCCAGAAACUGGUGAAAGGACAUGCAUACUCAUUGACUGGAGCAGAGGAGGUAGAUUAUAGAGGACGCCCUGAGAAACUGAUCAGAAUCCGCAAUCCCUGGGGUCAGGUGGAAUGGACUGGACCCUGGAGUGAUAACUCACGAGAAUGGAGUCAGAUCAGUGCUGGAGAAAAGUCCAGACUGAGUAACAAGUCAGAAGAUGGAGAAUUCUGGAUGUCCUUUAAUGAUUUUCUACGACAUUAUUCACGUGUGGAGAUCUGUAAUCUAACACCCGACGCUCUAACAAGCGACAGAUUCAAGAAGUGGGAUUUAUCCAGAUUUGAGGGGAACUGGAGAAGGGGAUCAACUGCUGGUGGCUGCAGAAACUAUCCAACCACAUUUUGGACAAACCCCCAAUAUGUUAUCAAAUUGGACGAGGCAGAUGAUGACCCAGAUGACAAUGAGGUGGGCUGCAGCUUCCUAGUUGGCCUAAUUCAGAAGAACCGCAGAAGGCAAAGAAAAAUGGGUGAAGAUAUGCACACAAUUGGCUUUGCCAUCUAUGAGAUUCCCAAAGAGUGCAUUGGACAGAAGGUUGUACACCUGAACAAGGACUUCUUUUCAAGAAAUCAAUCAAAAGCAAGAUCAGAGACCUUCAUUAAUCUACGGGAAGUAUGCAACCGCUUCAAACUGCCACCUGGAGAAUAUCUCGUUGUCCCCUCCACGUUCGAGCCCAACAAAGAUGCUGAUUUCUGCCUCCGAGUCUUUGCAGAAAAGCAUGCAGAAACAAUUGAAAUGGAUGACAAGAUUGAUGCCAAACUUGAUGAGACAAAAAUCACAGAAGCAGAUAUUGAUGCCAAAUUCAGAGGUCUCUUUAAUCAGUUAGCAGGAGAGGACAGUGAAAUAUCUGCUUUUGAAUUACGAACAAUACUGAACAAAGUGGUUUCCAAACGCACUGAUGUUAAAACGGAUGGAUUUAGCCUGGACACCUGUCGCAAUAUGGUUAACCUGCUGGACCAGGAUGGGAGUGCAAAGCUGGGCUUGGUGGAAUUCAAAAUUUUGUGGACGAAAAUUGAUCGAUACCUGAAUAUUUUCCGUAAGCUAGAUGUUGACAGAUCUGGUACAAUGAGCUCUCAUGAGAUGCGUGUGGCCAUUGAAGAAGCAGGUUUUUCUCUCAACAAUGCAUUACUUCAGAGUAUCGUUGCCCGUUACUCAGAUCAGGAUCUUACCAUUGAUUUUGACAACUUUGUUGGGUGCCUGAUUCGUUUGGAAUCCAUGUUUAGAAUCUUUAAAACUCUGAGCAAAGAUCAAAAUGGAGAGGUGCAGUUUACACUCAAGCAGUGGCUGAAUAUUACUAUGCUGUAAUUGUCCUUGCCAGCUUUACGGUGGGACACCCAUAAGGACCUUUCUUAAAUUCUAGGCACCCUGCAUGAGAAGGUAUUUGGUCUUAACAGAACACUUUGGAUCCAUCACUGUAAACAUGCCAGUUUUUAAAAUAAUGUAUGAUAAGCUAAGCCUAUAUUUUCAUACAAGGUUGCAGUUUUAUCUUAUACUCUGCUACAUUUAGAGUAAUUUUUUGUAAAUUCCUUUUUUAAAUAUAAAUUAAGGUUUGGUAAACAUUUAAGUUAUCUGUUCUAUGUGGAUGACUAAAUGAUUCUUUAUUUUUCUCUCAAAGGUCUGGUCUUUGUUCUUCCUUUUUAAUUAUGCCAAUGUUUAAAUACAUACCAAAGUGUGUUAUUAUACUGACCAGCUAAGACCAAAAUCAUGAAUGAACUGAUUGCAUAUAUAUAUUUUUUUUUUGCUGUUAAAAGAUAGCCUAAGAUUUAUGUAUCCACAGACAUGACAAUCCCAGGUAAUAUCAAAAAGCAAUAACUUCAGAACAGCUCAUGUAAAAAUAAAAUUGCCAGUUUUUGUCUGUUGGCAAAUAAAAAAAAAAGUAAAUCAUGUCAUUAUUUAUCUCAAGUGAACUGCUUGUUAUAUGUAGACUUCUUUCUCGAACUCAUUGUUCAAAGUUAUGUACAAAAAUAAAGCUUUCUGAAAAAU